GGAAUGCUAUUUUUGACAUAUUUAUCAAGCUGCGCUCUCGGGUGCUAUUUCUUUUCUCAAUUCUUCAUUGUGCGACAAGAAAUUGUUGCGUUUCUCAGCUACCAUUUGUACCGACCAAUCUCUAUUAAUACGACGGCUUCGAUCCUGCAUCAAAAGCAACGACAAGAUGAUGUCAGCGAGGUCCCUAUACGCUAUGCGCCCUACACGCAUUGGCAGUGUCCUCGCCAGACAAGGAUUCUCCAUGUCGACCUCCGCACGACUCGGUCUAAAGGAGUCGGCAAGCCAAACAGACAAUGACUACGACCGCCACAAGCGAGACUCCCUCGCCAAGCAGAAAAAGGGUGCCGCUCACUGGAAGCCGGAGCUCGCGUCGGACAGCGAGGAGGCUGUCCGAGCAGAUCGAGCUGCCAAGGGCGGCGCUGAAGAUUUGAAACACUUACAGGAGCGGACGAAGAGAGCGGCGGAGGAGACUGCGAAGGCGGGGACGAGCAUGAAGGAUAAUAUGUAAAAGCCUGUCCUGUUUGUCUGUAAAUACAAUAGCUGGAUUACAUGGGUUGGCGGAUCGCCAGUGACGUGACGUUGUUGGGAGUGUUGCUUCCUCACUUGCAUGCUUCACAAUUUACCGGUGAUGGAUGACAUGUGUUAGAGGUUGUAGGCCCAUGUUUUGUAAAGUAUAUUUCUAGUGGGGAGACUGAGACCAUUUUCUAAUUUCAUGUUUGCGUAGUGCAACGAGCUCGAUGAGCAUGUAGUGGUGGUCUACAAAAAUA